AUGAACGUGACACAUCGGCGUGCACCGACGGCGAGCAGCUACAACAGCAGCCACGCCGAUUUCUCCCUGGACUCCGACGAAAACGAGACGUCGACGGGAUGCUACGAGCAGCUCCUGAUCUCCACCGAAGUCUUCCUCACGCUGGGAAUCAUCAGCCUGCUCGAAAACAUACUGGUCGUGGCCGCCAUCAUCAAGAACAAAAACCUGCAUUCGCCUAUGUACUUUUUCAUCUGUAGCUUAGCCGUAGCCGACAUGCUAGUUAGCGUCUCCAAUGCGUCCGAGACCAUCGUGAUUGCGCUCAUAAAUGGCGGCAGCGUCGUCAUUCCCGGGACAGUUAUUCGAAACAUGGACAACGUUUUCGAUUCGCUAAUUUGUAGCUCCCUUCUGGCUUCAAUUUGCAGCCUCCUCGCCAUCGCCGUGGACCGGUACAUCACCAUCUUCUAUGCGCUGCGCUACCACAACAUUGUGACCAUCCGCAGGGCGUUGCUGGUCAUCGGCGUCAUCUGGUCGGCGUGUACGGUGUCCGGGAUCUUGUUUAUAAUCUACUCUGAAAGCACGACCGUUCUUAUCUGUCUCAUCACCAUGUUUUUCACCAUGCUAGUGCUCAUGGCUUCUCUUUACGUGCACAUGUUCCUGUUAGCGAGGCUGCACAUGAAGCGCAUCGCGGCGUUACCGGGGAACGCGCCGAUCCAGCAGCGCGCCAACAUGAAAGGAGCCAUAACCCUCACCAUUCUGUUGGGGGUGUUUGUCGUCUGCUGGGCGCCCUUUUUCCUCCACCUGAUCCUGAUGAUAACCUGCCCCCGGAACCCCUACUGCACCUGCUUCAUGUCGCACUUCAACAUGUACCUCAUCCUGAUCAUGUGCAACUCCGUCAUCGACCCCAUCAUCUACGCCUUUCGCAGCCAAGAAAUGCGAAAAACCUUCAAGGAGAUUUUCUUCUGCUCACAUGCAUUUUGUGCCUAUAAUCGAUGUUAG